GGAUGGGAUGGAGGGUUUUUUCCCUCCUCUGACAUGUGCUUGAGCUGCAGCUGAAAGGAAAUGUGUCAUCGGUGGUUUUCGUUUUCAGAGCUGAGCUCUCAGUCUGUCGCCUGCCUUGCUGCAGAUCUUUAAUUCUCCCUCUGUCCACCUCCUGUGAGCUCAGUUUUUGUCAGCGAGUUUCCAGACGAGCCAGAGAAGCGGUUGGCUAAAACACUCCCUUUCCUAUCAGAUUCUGAGCAGCUCUUGGAAGACUGGGUACCAGGUGAGCUUGGCCAUGGACCCUACUGGAUGUUACCUGCAUGCUGCUCUUCUGACAACCACCAUCUUUUCCUCGCUUCCUCAAGCAAAAGCAAAUGUCACGUCCCUCUGGGUUAUCAACAGUACUGACUGGGACCCCAUCCUUCAGGAUAAAAUAAACAGGAGCGAGGAUGGACGCCCCAUCAAGCUGGAGACUCCAGAAACAGAGGCGGUCAAUACUGCCACCGUGCCCGAGGUGAGGACACCAUCGCCUCAUGCCCUGUCCUUAGUUCCUCUAUCUGGACAUGAACUGGACACUCCUUCUCCUCCUAUGGACAGCAGCAUUCCAACAAUGCAGAGCACUGAGAGCGCAAGCAAGAGCCAGGAUGACGUUUUUAGAAGGGACAUUUGUGAAGAAAACAACAACAAAAUGGCCAUGCUGGUGUGCCUGAUCAUCAUCGCCGUGCUCUUCCUUAUCUGCACCCUGCUCUUUCUGUCCACUGUGAUUCUGGCAAACAGAGUGUCUUCACUCAAGCGAUCCAAACAAGUCUGUAAGCGACAGACGAGAAGCAAUGGGGAUUUUCUGGCCAGCAGUGGCCUGUGGCUGGCGGAAUCGGACACAGGGAAAAGAGCUGAGCAGCUCACAGGGCCCCGGCUGAUGCUGCAGGCUGCUGGAACCCUCACACUUCCGAGGGAAAGAAAAGACCAUGGAGCAACCGAGAAACUCACCCUUUGAGAAUAAGGGGGAUCAAAGAAGUUGGGUUGUGAAGGCUUCCAGCAGAAAUAAAGGAGGCUGGUAUUUUUGCUGCUGGUAGCCUAGAACCUGAUACAGCAAACCUGGAAACCAAAGGUCACACAGGAAGGAUGCCUGGGGGACCAGUCAGCAGAUCUGGGUUCUAAUCCUGACUCUUCUACUACUGUGUAGCCUGGCCAAGUCACUUGACUUUUAAUUAGGGACCUCACUUCUCUAAUCAAUAGGGUGAGAAUGUUUUGGACUACAUGUAGGGCCUAUGAUCCCAUUCAGUCAAAUCCUUACCGCUCUGUACUUUUAUUAUGAGCUAAAGAUUUCAUAGGCUUCACAGGACACAGAUAUUAAAUAACCAAAGAGACUGGAGGCAAAGAAUCUGGAAUGUAGAGAAACGGAGGAAAGGGAUAAAACAGACUGAAGGAAACACUGUUCAGCAAGAGCACCUGAUAGAAACUCGAUCUGGAUCUGGUCAAAAUAAUUUAAAUUUGAAUAGUUAAGGUCUAUCCUCAUAAUCAGUUGCCUGCUUCUACCUGUUAACAGAAGUCAACAAAAUUCUAACUCGCUUAGAGCUCUACAUUCUGACACAGUAAUGCCUUUCACUGCCACAAAGCUUGUUUUAAGUCAGUGAUGUGUGGAGCUUUCCAUUAUGUGCAAGAAUUCAGAAAACUUAUUAAAAUGCUAUUUUACAUGAUAAA